UCCGGUGCCGAGUUCACGGGCUUGUACGGCGGGCUUUUCCGUAGAUUAUGAAAUAUAUAUGUUAGGGCGCUUUAUUUGAUACGAAACGCAUCCGUGCAGAAGUCGUAAAUAAAUCCCAAACAAAUCCCUCGUCUGUUCGCCUUCGCGGUGAGAGGAAAGCCUGAGCCUGGCCAGGCAAUAAAGCAAGCGCGGCAUCAUGAAGCUAACAGACAAUGUGCUGCGGAGUUUCAGGGUUGCCAAGGUUUUCCGAGAGAAUUCGGACAAAAUCAAUUGUUUUGACUUCAGCUCAAAUGGCGAGACGGUGAUAUCGAGCAGCGACGACGACUCUAUCGUCUUAUAUGACUGCCAGGAGGGAAAACCUAAGCGUACUCUCUACAGUAAAAAGUAUGGCGUGGACCUCAUCAGAUACACACAUGCCGCCAAUACAGUCGUGUACAGCUCCAACAAGAUUGAUGAUACUAUAAGGUAUUUGUCUCUUCAUGACAAUAAGUACAUUCGUUACUUUCCUGGGCACAAUAAGAGGGUUGUUGCUCUGUCUAUGUCUCCUGUUGAUGACACAUUCAUCUCUGGCUCCUUGGAUAAGACAAUCCGGCUAUGGGAUCUUCGCUCUCCCAAUUGUCAGGGUUUAAUGCAUCUGCAGGGGAAGCCAGUGUGCUCGUUUGAUCCUGAGGGUCUUAUAUUUGCUGCAGGAGUCAAUUCAGAGAUGGUCAAACUUUACGAUUUGCGCUCGUUUGACAAAGGCCCAUUCGCCACAUUUAAGCUGCAGUACGAGCGUUCAUGCGAGUGGACCGGCCUCAAAUUCAGCAACGAUGGAAAACUCAUCCUGAUCUCCAGCAACGGUGGAACCCUCAGGCUGCUUGAUGCCUUCAAAGGCGCUGUGCUACAUUCAUUUGCGGGCUACAACAACAGUAAAGGUGUUGUUCUGGAAGCCUCCUUCACCCCAGACUCUCAGUUCGUCAUGAUCGGUUCAGAGGAUGGGAAAAUCCAUGUAUGGAACGCUGAGAGUGGAAUGAAAGUAGCAGUGCUGGAUGGGAAACACACGGGACCUGUCACCUGCCUACAGUUUAACCCGAAAUUCAUGACCUUUGCCAGCGCAUGUUCUAAUAUGGCUUUCUGGCUACCAACAAUCGAUGACUGAUGAAGGUGUGCACUAAACAAGAAUUUCAAUUUGACGGGUUAUUGUGAUCCUGCAGAUGGCAGCAUCUUCCUUUGCCUCUGGAUCACUGGGACUGCUUUUUGUGGACUGUAAAUAGGCUGACCAUAAGGCCAUGCUCUAAUUUCUUUUUCAUUUUAUACCUGUAUCAUUAAAUCAUGUUCUUUUGUAAA